CUAAACUUUAUUUUCUUAAAUGGAAUCUGAUUACUCAAAGUAAAGUUUCUUAACACCUCUGUAUAUUACAAGUAUAAUGUUUAACAACUAAACCUUCUUAAUUAAUCUUUGCAUUUCCUACUAACACAUCUAUUUAGCUUAUCAAGAGCCAUUAAUGAAUCUAGAAGAGUGAAGAAGAAAUCUAAGCAUAGCUUUGUAGGCCAUUACAUCAAAACCUCACCAUGCUCUCCAGUCAAAGCUUCAUUCAUUACAAAGAAGUCUGAGAGUUCAAUGAGGUCACAGAAAAGGCGUGCUGCAAAAUAUAAAAAAUAACUUCAAAUUAGGAAAUACUCUUAAACUCCCAACGGUGAUGGCUGGUAAAGGAUUUUCAGGCUCGAUGCCUAGCUCUCCAGUAUCGUAUUAUAAAGAUAAAUCUGAGAAAUUUGAGGUAACUAGCUUUCAGACACGUAAAACGAGCAAGGUUGAGAAAUCAAGUAUUAUCCAGCCAGCUUCCUCGAUUCUCAAAUUUUAUUCAACCCAAAUAGAGUCUGAUAUUGACUCAAUGUCAAAUAAUAUCGCUGACGCUAAGGAAGAUCUUGACCCAAUUGAUAAAAAUAAUAAAGAACUUCAGGAUCACUUCGUGAGCAUGUGCGAUAGAAAUAACCAGUUCUUAUUCAGCAACAGUAGCCUGACUCGGCAAAGCUUUAAGAGUUACCUCUCUAAGCGUUACUGAAAGAACGUGGUAGAGAAGUUACUGUCAAUCAUGAAUUUCCCUCAGACAGCUUCAUAUAAUAUAUUCUGUAGACUCAUCACCCAACUUUUGGAGAUGAGUCCAAUAGAGAAAAUGAAGAUGGCUUUUGUGUUUUAUGCACAUAAAUACGAUGAUAAAAUAACUGCUCUUGAUGCCUUCUCGAUGAUGUCUCAUUUAUCCCAGUUUGACUUCCUAAUUCUUCAGAGAGAUAUAAAGGAAAUCUUCAAAGGUUUGGCUAAAGUAAAACAGAAAAGAAAUGAGGCUUACUCGUCUAGAUUUAAAUGAAAAUCUAUGGAGCGGAAGUAUGCAGAGUUCACCAUGGCUAAGACUAAGAGUCCAGAGAAAUAAACUUGAAAUUGUUCCAAGCGUUGCCGAGAGAAGGGAAAUGAGGAGUUCUAAGGAUAAAGGAAAUAUUCCAUUAAGGAAAAUGGCAAAUAGUGUCAGAGUGUCUCCUAAAAAUAAAGGCUCAUUCGUCAGCCAGUAUUCUGGUAAAUCUCCUACAAAAAGUAGUGUUGUUGAAGAAGGAAAUAAAACUCUAAAAAUUUUGAGAAGGAAUUUCCACAAAACCUAAG